UUGUUUUGGUUAUUCCGGCAUCGGAGUUGUUUGGGCGCGAGAAAUGAGAUUUUCCCACUUCAAACGCGAAGCGAAGAUUGUCGGUCGCUAAUGUGGUUUCGUUGAUUUUAUACCAAAAUUCCGUAAAAGUAAGCAGAUAAAUACCUAAAAGCAACAUGAAUACCAAACGCAAACCCAACGAACCUUCCGGAUUUAACAAGAAGUUCAGGGGCGAUGAGGACGAGGAGGACUUUGACCAGCCGGAUUUCGAUGCGGAAAUGGCCGCCCUGGAGGCGGAAGAGGCCGGAGUGGACGGUGGUGCCGCCGUCCCGAUUGGCCAAGGGCCAGAAGCGGAAAACACCUGUGCCCGGUGGAGCCGGCCACAGCCCCGGGAAUACCGUCCCGACGAGGACCGGCUGGUGUUCCAGCAGAUCGACAUUGACCACUAUGUGGGCAAACCGUUGCCGGGGAUGCCUGGGGCGCAGAUUGAACCGGUUCCGGUGAUGCGGAUGUUCGGGAUCACGGAGGAAGGGAAUUCGGUGUGUGCGCACGUGCACGGCUUUGCACCGUAUCUGUACGUGGCGGCGCCUCGGGGAUUCAAGAAGUGCCAUCUGAGCGAGUUCCGGAAGGCGUUGGACAAAUCGGUGAUGAACGACAUGCGAUCCAAUCGGGAAAAUGUUCAGGAAGCGGUUCUGGAUGUGGAACUGGUGGACCGGCAGUCGAUUUUGGGGUACAACGGGGAGGAGAAGUCCACGUUCAUCAAGGUGACGAUGGCACUUCCCAGAUUGCUGGCGGCGGGGAAACGAUUGCUGGAGAAGGAACAAAUGAUGCCGACGAUGGACUUUCAGGAUUGCCGUGUUUACGAGAGUAAUAUCGACUUCGACAUCCGGUUCAUGGUGGACACUGGGGUGGUUGGAUGUAGCUGGAUUGAGCUUCCGGCCGGGACCUGGAGGAGAAGGCAGAAGGGGAAGACUCCGGCGCCGGAGACUCGCUGUCAGAUUGAGGUGGAUGUGGCCUAUAAUAACUUCAUUGCUCAUGAACCGGAAGGAGAAUGGAGCAAAGUGGCGCCGUUCCGGAUUUUGAGUUUCGAUAUCGAGUGCGCCGGAAGGAAAGGAAUAUUCCCGGAGCCACAGCAUGACCCGGUGAUUCAAAUAGCAAACAUGGUGAUCCGGCAGGGAGAUCAGGAACCAUUUCUGAGAAAUGUCUUCACGUUGAAUACUUGCGCUCCGAUUGUCGGUUCCCAAGUACUGAGCUACAAAACCGAACAAGAACUGUUGGACAAAUGGGCCAGUUUCGUCCGGGAGUUGGAUCCCGACAUCCUGACAGGUUAUAACAUCAACAACUUCGACAUUCCGUAUCUCCUGAACCGAGCCAGCCACUUGAAAGUAAAGAACUUUGAAUACUUGGGACGCAUCACAAACAUCCGCUCGGUUGUAAAGGAAACGGUCAUUCAGUCUAAGCAGAUGGGCAAGCGGGAGAACAAAUACGUCAACUUCGAAGGCCGAGUUCCGUUCGAUCUGCUGUUCGUUCUUCUCAGAGACUACAAGUUGCGAUCUUACACGUUGAACGCCGUCAGUUACCAUUUCCUACAGGAGCAAAAAGAAGACGUUCAUCACAGUAUUAUUACGGAUCUUCAGAACGAGAAUGAACAAACCCGUCGCAGAUUGGCCAUGUACUGUCUGAAAGACGCCUAUCUCCCGGUCCGGUUGUUGAACAAGCUGAUGUGCGUCGUGAACUACAUGGAGAUGGCCCGUGUCACCGGAGUUCCUCUGAGCUGUCUCCUGACCCGAGGCCAACAGAUUAAGGUAAUGAGUCAGCUUCUGCGAAAAUCAAAGGCCUGUGGCUAUCUCAUCCCAUCGUAUCAUGGUUCCGGCUCGGACGAGCAGUACGAAGGCGCCACGGUCAUUGAACCCAAAAGAGGCUACUACGCGGAUCCGAUCUCGACGUUGGAUUUCGCUUCCCUGUAUCCAAGUAUCAUGAUGGCCCACAAUCUUUGCUACACGACGCUCCUUCAGCCAGCAAACAAGAAUCAGCUCGACCUCACGGAUGACCAGAUUACCAGGACACCGGCCAACAACCUGUUCGUCAAAUCCUCCGUUCGUAAAGGCAUCCUUCCGGAAAUUCUAGAAUCUCUUCUGGCGGCUCGUAAACGGGCCAAAGCCGAUCUUAAAGUCGAGAAGGAUCCGUUCAAACGUUCCGUCUUGGACGGCCGUCAAUUGGCUCUGAAAAUCUCCGCCAACUCCGUGUACGGAUUCACCGGCGCACAAGUCGGUAAACUUCCCUGCCUAGAAAUCUCCGGUUCCGUCACGGCCUACGGUAGAACCAUGAUCGAGCAAACCAAGCAGGAAGUCGAACAACGCUACACCGUGGAAAACGGAUACGAGAAUGAUGCUGUGGUCAUCUACGGUGACACCGAUUCCGUCAUGGUCAACUUCGGCGUCAAAACACUCGAGCGCAGCAUGGAACUGGGCCGCGAAGCAGCCGAAUUCGUCAGCAACAAGUUCGUGAAGCCGAUCAAGCUGGAAUUCGAAAAGGUAUACUAUCCCUACCUGCUGAUCAACAAGAAACGCUACGCCGGCCUCUACUUCACCCGUCCGGACAAGUACGACAAGAUGGACUGCAAGGGAAUCGAAACUGUCCGCCGGGACAACUCACCCCUGGUCGCCAACCUGAUGAACUCCUGCCUCCAGAAGCUCCUGAUCGAGCGCAACCCGGAUGGCGCCGUCGAGUUCGCCAAACAAACUAUCGCCGACCUGCUGUGCAACCGCAUCGACAUUUCCCAGCUGGUCAUCACAAAGGAACUGGCCAAAAGCGAUUAUGCCGCCAAACAGGCCCACGUCGAGCUGGCCAACAAGAUGAAGAAACGCGAUCCCGGCAGUGCCCCUAAACUGGGCGAUCGCGUCCCCUACGUCAUCAUCAACGCGGCCAAAAACACUCCGGCCUACCAGAAAGCCGAGGACCCCAUCUACGUCCUCGAGAACUGCGUCCCCAUCGAUUCCAAAUACUAUCUGGAAAACCAACUUUCGAAACCCCUGCUCCGUAUCUUCGAGCCCAUCCUCGGCGACAAGGCGGAAUCGAUUCUUCUCCGCGGAGAUCAUACCCGAACGCGCUCGGUUGUCACCUCCAAAGUCGGUGCUCUGGCCGCCUUCACCAAGAAGCGUGACGCUUGCCUCGGAUGCAAGGCUCUGCUUCCCCCGGGCCACGAAAGCCAAGCCCUCUGUCCCCACUGCAAACCUCGCGAAGCGGUGCUCUAUCAGAACGAACUAACCGCUCAGUGCUCCCUGGAGGAUCGGUUCUGUCGCUUGUGGACUCAGUGCCAGCGCUGCCAGGGAUCGCUCCACGAGGAGGUCAUCUGCACCAGCCGGGAUUGUCCGAUUUUCUACAUGCGCACCAAGAUCAAGAUGGAACUGGACACGCAGCAGAAGCGGGUGGCGCGGUUCGGAGUGCCUUCUUGGUAAGUGACUGUUUAGAUGUUUAGUGGUUGAGUUAGAGGUAGAGUAUGUUUUUUUUUCAUCGUUAAUAAAGCAACAAUUUUUCAUGUGUCGAAUAUUU